UCAUCUGAAGUUGCUCCCCAAAGGAAAGACACAGCAUUGGAAAACCCAAGCAUUCAGCCAUCACUAACAAACAUAGACCUGCCCGAUAGCAGCCAGGGCUACAGUGACUGCUCCCUGCCUUCCAAGCAGCCUGGGUCCGUGGAGGAGCAGGAAGACAACUUUGUGCUUUCUCUUGGAGCCAACAACAGCAAGUGCAGCCUUAAGACUAACCAAACAUGCGCACUAAAAUGCUGGUCAGGAGCAACCAGGGGUGGCCCAGAAGUGGUGAUUGUACCAGUGCUUUUUGGGUUGGUUUUCCUCCUAGGAAUAGUGGGAAACACAUUGGUGUUGGUUGUUCUGGGUUAUCUCCGGCCUGGGUGACGCCCAUUGCGCAGCGCUACCAACAUCUUCACCCUGAACUUGAGCAUUGCAGACUUCUCCUUUCUGGUGUUCUGUGUCCCCUUCCAGGCCACCAUCUGCUCCCUGCCAGAGUGGAUGUUCGGUGCCUUCUUUUGCAAGUGGGUUCACUACUUGGCCAUGGCAACAAUGCUGGUCAGCAUCUUUACUCUGGUGGCUAUGCCUAUGGACAGAUACAUUGCUGUGGUCCAUGCCAAGCGUUCAGCUUGCAUCCGCAGCAAGCGCAAUGCUGUCCUUGGUGUGGGUGUCAUUUGGCUGCUGUCUCUACUCAUUGCCAUCCCUGUAGCCCAGCACAAGGCCCUUGUGAGUGGUCAUCAGCAAGCACCCAACAGCUCCUUCUGCUGGGAGCACUGGGCAGAUGGUUCAACAGCCAAGCAGGUGUACAAGAUAACCAUCCUGCUGGUGGGAUACCUCUUGCCCCUAGUGCUCAUCACCUGCUGCUAUGCCAAGGUUUUGUAUCAUCUCCAUACAAAAGUAAAGAACAUUUCCAAGAAGUCAAAGAGAUCAAAGAAGAAGUCUAGCUUACAUGCAGAAGCUCAUUCGCUCUGCCUUAAUGACUUCAAGCGUAGUCCCUACCAGGCCUUUUAUUACUGCCUGGCAAUGUGA